AUGGCGGAUUCAGAGCCUGUUCAAUUUUUCGACAUCAUCUCCACUCUACCUGGUACAUCCAAGUCAUGGUCUCCCAACACCCUCAAAGUCCGCACCGUCUUGAAUUUCAAGGGCAUUCCAUAUACUCAAAGCUGGAUCUCAUACCCUGACAUUGCUCCGCUUAUUAAGAGCCUUGAUCUCAAGCCUAAUGAGACGGGCACUCCCUACACGCUACCAGCUAUCAUUCACAAAUCCUCGGUGACAUCAAACUCCUAUGGAGCAAUGAUGGAUUCGCUCCCAAUUGUCAUGCACCUGGACAAAGCAUUCCCGUCACCACCACUCUUCCCUUCCGGAGACGCUAGCUACGCGCUGCUGGUGGCCGUGGGCAAGAUCGCAACUGGCAUGGGCCCCGCAAUCCGAUCCCUUAUCAUUCCCAAUGUCCCGCAACACUUGGAUUCGCGUGGUCAAGAAUAUUUCAUUCGCACACGAACGGAGGCUUACGGUAAGCCCCUCUCUGAGAUUCGACCUACGGACCAAGAGACCCUCGAUUCCAUGUGGAAGCAAGUGGAAACGGAGGCUGCGGCACUACUGAAGAUGCUGAAGGGUCGGGAGGGUAAGAAAGGUCCAUUCUUCGAGGGAGAAAAGGCGGGCUAUGCAGAUUUGUUCCUGGUGUGCCAUUUUGCUUUCUUCCAUCGUAUGGUCCCAGAAUACUUUGACAAGCUGAUGGCGUUGGGCGAAGGCGAAUUCAAGGCCCUCUGGGAUGCUUGCUUGCCUUGGAUAAAUGGCCAGGGAGAGGAGAAGGAGUGGCCGGUUCCGUCCAUCGCUUAA